AUGGCGGUUUUCAAAGCCUUUCAUGGCGGAAUACCAACGUUUGACCCAAAAGGUGAGCCCACCAGUAUAGCUCCGAGGUGGAGAAGGUGGAAAAGAGCAUUCGAACUCUUUGUUGUCGGAAAAGGAAUUACCGACAAGACACAAAAACGAGCUUUGAUGUUACAUUGUGCUGGUAUGGAUGUACAGGAUAUUUUUGAUACUUUACCAGAUAAUGGCAAUGCUAAUGAUUAUGAUAAGGCGAUCGAAGCGUUGGAUACAUAUUUCAACCCUGCUGUUAAUGUACCGUAUGAAAGACAUAUGUUUCGUCGAAUGAGUCAAGAAGAAAGUGAGACAAUUGACCAAUUUGUAACAAGGCUGAAACAGAAAGCGUUGAGUUGUGAUUAUGGGGAAUCUAGUGAUGAAUUCAUCCGAGAUCAAGUCAUCGACAAAUGUCGUUCAGUGGCACUACGAAGAAAAUUGCUUGAAAGAGGACAAACUUUAACACUUAAGCAGCUUCAAGAAAUCUCAAGAGCACAUGAAGCUUCAUAUUUUCAAGCUAAUAAAAUUAAUGAUGACGCAGGACAUGAAGUCAAGAAAGAAAAUAUCAAUCGAAUCAAAGGGAAGUUUCAAAGUAAAUUUAAAUCACCCAACAAGAAAUGUUUCAGAUGUGGCAAAACAGACCACUUUGCCAAGUCACCAAAGUGUCCAGCAAAAUCUGCUGAAUGUCAUAAGUGUCAUAAGGAGGGACAUUUUGCAAGUGAGUGUAGAACUAAAGUCAGUAAUGAGAGAGACAAUAAAAAGAAAAUAAACUAUACAAGAGAAGAUCAGGAAUCCAAAGAGGGUGACAAUGAAUAUGCUUUUGUUGUUAAUCAUCAGUCGGAUGAAAACAGUGGUUUAGUCGAUAUCAAAGUUGGAGGAGUGUUGUGCAAUUUUCUUAUUGACUCUGGUUCAACGUGUAAUGUAAUCGAUAAAUCCUGUUGGGAGAAACUUAAAGCCAAGCAAAUAAAAUGUAAGUCGGAGAAAACAGCAACACAGAUUUAUUCAUAUGGAUCAAGUAAGCCACUUAUUGUUGCUGGGAAAUUUACAGCCGAUGUUGUAUGUCAAGGCAAAGAAGUAAAAGAAGCAGAAUUCAUAGUGAUUGAAGGCACCGGUAAGCCAUUACUGGGAAAGAAAACUGCUAUUCAAUUGAAUGUCUUGAAGAUUGGUCCACAACCUGUGAUAUCGGAAGGUGUCAACUCAGUCGAGGAUGACAAUACAUUCAGAGAUAGAAUGAUGAAAACAUAUUCGGGGUGUUUUAAAGGUAUUGGAAAGUUGAAAGACAGACAGCUGGAAGUUAACUUAGACCCAAAUGUGAAACCUGUGGCACAGAGAGCUCGUAACAUUCCAUAUGGAUUACAGUCUAAAGUUGAAAAGAAAUUAGAUGAAUUGGAAAGGCAAGGUAUAAUAGAAAAGGUAAAAGGACCAGCAAAAUGGGCAAGUCCACUUGUUGUUGUACCUAAGCCAAAUGGUGACAUUCGACUGUGUACGGACAUGCGCAAAGCCAAUGAAGCGAUUGUUAGAGAGAAGUUUCCUAUUCCUACAGUGGAUGAUAUCCUUCAUGAAAUAAAUGGUAGCAAAGUUUUCUCAAAAUUGGAUCUCAAAUAUGGAUAUCACCAGUUAGAGCUUGAAGAGAAAUCGAGAGAAAUCACAACCACUGUCACUCACAAGGGACAUUAUCGAUAUACACGUCUAAUUUUUGGUAUGAAUAAUGCAUCAGAAUAUUAUCAGUAUCAUAUUGGUGAUGCAAUUCGCGAUUGCGAAGGUGUGCAUAAUAUAUCGGACGAUAUUAUCGUACAUGGAAAGGAUCAAGCUGAGCACGACGAAAGGCUUGAAAAGUUGCUGAUGACCCUAGUGGAAAAAAAUCUUACACUUAAUCCUGAAAAGUGCCAGUUUCGCAUGACUGAGCUUACAUUUAUGGGAUACCUUUUAUCAGAAAGAGGUAUUGGUCCAACUAACACCAAAGUUGAAGCUGUAAAGAAUGCAAGGCGACCUGAGACCGCAUCGGAAGUGCGUAGUUUCCUUGGAUUGGUCAACUUUUCUGCGAGGUUCAUUCCUGACCUGGCGACAACAUCCGAACCUCUUCGACAGCUGACGAGGAAAGGCGUGGUUUUCCAGUGGACUAAAGUACAUGAAAACGCUUUUAACAAGUUAAAGUCCCAAUUAGCAAAUGCAGAGUCACUUGCAUAUUUUGACAAAGAUGCCAAAACGAAGAUUAUCGCAGAUGCAAGCCCGGUAGGUCUCGGUGCUGUUUUAAUUCAAGAGCAAGAUGGCGAAGAAAGAGUCGUAAGUUAUGCUAGUCGAUCUUUAACAAGUGUGGAGAGACGAUAUAGCCAGACUGAGAAAGAGGCUCUCGGUUUAGUUUGGGCGUGCGAAAGAUUUCAUGUUUAUCUCUAUGGGAGUAAGUUUGAAUUGAUCACUGAUCAUAAGCCUUUGGAAGUCAUUUAUUCAAAGAAUUCAACGCCACCAGCCAGGAUACAAAGAUGGGUACUACGUUUACAGUCGUAUGAUUUUACAGUCACGUAUAGACCUGGAGCGCAAAAUAUUGCUGACGCACUGUCCAGAUUGACCAUGAACACAAGCCCUAGUACCGAUGAUGCAGAAGAUUAUAUACGUUUUGUGGCAAAGAAUGCAGUUCCAAAUGCCAUCACAAUUCAAGAAGUGGAGAAAGAGUCAGACAAGGAUCCAGAACUUUCCAAGGUUAGAUCUUGUAUAUUGACUGAUGAUCAAUGGGAAUCGGUAGAUGUAGCAUAUAGAUCUGUCAGACAAGAACUUAGUGUUUUGGGAAAGUUAGUAAUUCGUGGUACACGCCUAGUGAUUCCGAAGAUAUUACAGAAGAAGGUCCUGAAUUUGGCACAUGAGGGACAUCAAGGAAUCGUUAAGACCAAACAGCGUUUAAGAAGUAAAGUUUGGUGGCCAAAUAUUGAUAAGGAGGCAGAAAAAGAAUGUCGUACAUGUCAUGGAUGUCAGGUGGUGCAAUUACCUUCUCGUCCAGAACCAAUGGUAAGAACACGUUUACCAGAAUCUCCAUGGGAAAUAAUUGCUUGUGAUUUACUUGGUCCAAUAAACAAUAAUAUUUACAUUCUAGCAAUAAUCGAUUAUUAUAGUAGAUGGAUUGAAAUAGAUAUUCUGAAAUCUAUUACAUCGUCAAAGAUUGUUCAGUCUUUAGAUCGAAUGUUUCUUACUCAUGGAUUACCAUGUGAGUUAACGUCUGAUAACGGUCCACAAUUUGUGUCUUCUGAGUUUGAGGAGUUUUGUGAGAAGAAUGGAAUUUAUCAUCGCCGUAUAACUCCAUUAUGGCCACAAGCAAAUGCUGAAAUCGAAAGACAGAUGAGAAAUUUAAACAAAGUAAUUAAAAUUUCUUAUGCGCAAGGAGGAAAUUUAGAGGAGGAACUUAAUAAAUUCCUAACAGCGUAUCGUACAACACCUCAUGGGACUACUGGAAAAGCCCCAGAUGAGAUGUUAUUCAAGAGACGUCUUCGCACAAAGAUACCUGAAUUGGUUCCUUUUGAUAAAUGUGAUGAAGAAGUACGUGAUAGGGAUGCAGUUCUCAAACAGAAAGGAAAGGAAUAUGCGGAUGACAAGAAGAAUGCAAAAUAUCCUGACCUCAAAGUUAAUGAUAAAGUUCUACUGCAGCAGCGUAAAACGUGUAAGACAACAACUAUGUAUGAACAUGAUCCUUACGAGAUUGUUGACGUGAAUGGUUCACAAGUGACAAUCAAAUCAGGUGAAGGUGUUUGCUACAAACGCAAUUCUUCACACGUUAGAAAAUUUGAAGAAUCAGAUUUACCAUCGGGAAAUGAACAUAUUGACGAGUCGGAACAUUUCAAAGAACCGGACACUAAUGAACAAGUGAUAGAUAAAUCGUUGGUCGUUGCUGAACCAAGACGUUCAUCCAGAAGUACAAAAGGAAGAGCUCCAGAGAGACUUGAUUUAUGA